AUGGCAGGUGUUAGACAUUUAAAAGUGAUAGGGUUAGCUGCCUUCAUUGUUGGAUUGGUGUUUAUUUUACAUAGAACGGGAUCUAACGCAGCAUCCUUGGUCCAUGCUCAAGCAUCAGAUCAAGCACCAAAUAAGAACAAUUUGAAAUCUAACAAUGGACCAGGUUAUGCAGAUAACGACAACAAAUUAAUUGCGAAUAAUAUUUUGGAUUCAAAGAAUGAUGAUAAAAUGGAUGCCAAAAUCAAUCAAGAGAUAUCAAAAGAAAAGGAACCAAAUGAAGAUAAUGUUGAGAACAAGAAAGAAUCAAAUUCAAAUUCUGAUAACAGUGGUAAAGAAUAUGAUCCUGUUGCUGAUUUGAUCAAGAUUAGAUCCUUAUCUCCAAUGACUAUUUUCAGUAAAUCAUAUUGUCCAUACUCCAAAAAGAUAAAGCAUUUAUUGUUGAACAUAUACCAAAUCACUCCAGAACCAAACGUUGUUGAAUUGGACAAGUAUGAAUUUGGUGCUGAAUUGCAAGCAUAUUUACAUGAAAAGAGUGGUAGAAGAACCGUGCCUAAUGUUUUGGUUGGUAGUUCACAUGAAAGUAGAGGUGGUUUUGACGAUUUUAACAAGUAUCACGAAGAUGGUGAAUUGAUCAAAUUGUUGGUUGAGUGGGGUUCAGGAAGAUUACAAGUUCUGAAAAAUGAUGCUCCUUCGAACGUCUAA